AAUGAGCCAUUUAAAAAAUGUAUUUUUUGCACGUGAAUAUUCGAUGUUCUUUACACCGCGGUACUAAUGCUUGAGGCUGGGGGGGCGAGUCGGUCCCUUUUCGCUGCGACACCGGUUUCCUGUCUCUCCCGACUGACGGAGCGACACGUCUUCUUCGGAGAGCAGCGCGGGGAUUUCCGGUUCUGGACAGACGGGCACAAGGAUUGGGAUUCCCAGGCACUUUGGCAGCGACCUCUUCAGCAAGCCCCACGCCCUCCUUCCCACGAUGUCGAACUCGGUGCUGUCCGUGAUCUCCCGGUUCCUGGACGAGUACUCCAGCAGCACGCUCAACCGGCUGAAGGUGGUGGACGCGUAUCUGCUGUACAUCCUGCUGACCGGGGCGCUGCAGUUCCUCUACUGCCUGCUGGUCGGCACCUUCCCCUUCAACAGCUUUCUCUCCGGCUUCAUUUCCUGCGUGGGCUCCUUCAUCCUCGGGGGUAAGACGCGCGGAACCCCUCUCUCUCAGUGCAGUGUUAAUGUACUGGAGUGUCCA